AUGGUUCGCAAGAUCAGUGGACUUUUGUGUUGCCUCUGCGUUUUUGGUAUUUCAUUGAGUGAUAGCGCUAUAUCAGAUAAUGAAGCUAGAUGUCGUAACCCACCGACUGCUCCACAGAAAAUCGAAAGAGUCAUAACGCUGUGUCAGGAUGAGAUCAAAUUAUCUAUAUUAAGAGAGGCCCUCGACGUGAUCAAGGAGGAACACACGAUGCCAGCGCAGAGGCGGCGUGACAAGAGAGAAGUGCCCUUCACCCACGAUGAAAAAAGGAUAGCUGGGUGUUUGCUGCAGUGUGUUUACCGGAAAGUGAAAGCUGUUGAUGGGUUCGGAUUUCCUACUCUGGAGGGACUGGUUGGCCUGUACUCUGAUGGAGUGAACGAGCGUGGCUACUUCAUGGCUGUGCUUGAGGCAUCCCGGGAUUGUCUCAUGAAGAACCACGAUAAAUUUUCCAGAACUAUACCUAUGGACAACGGACGCAACUGCGAUGUGUCGUUCGAUAUAUUUGAAUGCAUAUCGGACCGGAUUGGUGAAUACUGCGGCAGCUCGGGCCUAUGA